CUUCCGUGUUCCUUAAACUUUAGUUAGAGAUGCUUCAAACUUUGAGCCGUACAUUCAGGAAGCACAUUGGCACUGCUGUGAACCCGUUUUGGAUUUACACUCGUAACAUGGGUAGUUUAAAGAGCGAAAACCGGUCAAUACAUUCAGAUAACAUCCAGGACAUUCAUCUCAUCCCAAUGGAUGUAAUUAUACGACCAUUUCCACCUGUAUUAGACGAACAGAAGGUCCAGAGUCUUAUGACGAGCAUCCAGGAAGGAUCAGAUAUCUCAGGUGUACCUCCUAUAGAUGUACUGUGGAUCACUGGAGAAAAGGGGGGCAAUUAUUAUUAUUCAUUUGGAGGCUGCCAUCGAUUUGCUGCUUAUCAGAGGAUGAAGAUGAAAUCCAUACCAGCCAAGAUUAUCAAAUCCAACAUCUCAGACCUGCGGACCUACCUUGGAGCAUCAACGCCGAAUCUACAGUGACUCUGAUAAUAGUUCAAUAGUCAAAUUAGAGUUCAUUAAUCUUGUUUAUGUUUUCCUAUAUUUAUUUAUCUGUAUCUAUCCUGUGUAUAUUAACACCUGACCUAAAAGGCUUCACUUAGCAAAUGAUUCAUUCAGUCACUCUUAUCUCUGACAUAUUUCUAGAAAGACAUAACCCAUAACAAGACAUUUACUGUUUACUGUGAAUCACAAUGACUAAACAGAACUUUUUAUCUGCCUGCUCUCCUUCUCACCACUAGAUGGCAGCAUUAUUACACAUUCAAAGUAAAUUAUGCCCAAAGUUAGGACCCAUACUGUAUGCAUUUUGAAGGUCUCUUUUUAGGGUGUUUUUACACCUAGUUCCUUUGAGCCCUCCAAACGGUCUCGGAGCAGUGCAUUGUGCAUAUGUGAACAAACCAAGUGAUCUCAGACUCCCCGUCCAGAGGUGGUCUGUUUUGGGUUCUUUUGUGGUUCGAUUUCUUUUUGACAUGUAUAAGAUCAACUGCUGCAGAGAAAGCUGAGGUCUUAAGUUCUUAUGAGGAGUAAUGUGAAAAAGAAACGGUCUCAGAUUACUUCAGUUCUGAAGAGGACCAAAAAAGGGAUUGGUCCUCUUUUGAGUCCACUCCAUUGUGAACACCAAAAGCACUGAGGUCACUUUCGGCUAGUUCCUUUUCUGGUUCACUUAAAAUUAACUGUUUUUUUAAAACUAACUACAUGUGAAAACACCCUUAGUAACACUACAUAGCUCUCUGAGUUUAUCACAGCCCAGCUGGUGCUAGCAAGGCCAAGGUCAUGUGUUUGAUUUUCUAGGGAUAUACUCAAAAUGUAUAUUUUGAAUGAACUUUAAUGCAUUAAAAGUAUUUACUGAAAAACUAUUCAUGUGAUAAGAGUGGGUCAACUAAGGUAGACAUACAAAAUUUGAAAUGCUGGGGACGAUCUGGGAACUGUUUGGAUAGCCUAUCACUAUUAUACUUAAGUAGUCACCACCACUAUACCAAUGUCAUUGCAGAUUGUAAUAUUUAGAAUUGAUCAAUUAACAUUUUUUGAAGACUUUAUUGUUUAUUGUAUAAUACAUGAAAGUGAUAAAAAUAUGAAAUGCAAA